AUGACUCAACGUAUAACACCUCUUUUACGAGAAAAUGCCAUACUUUUAAUCUGUGAUGUACAGGACAAAUUCCGCCCAACAAUUAAAUAUUUCCCUCAAAUUGUUGAAACUUCGAACAAAUUAUUGCAAGCAUGUAAACUACUCGGCGUUCCAUUUGUUGUUACCGAACAAUAUCCCAAAGGUCUCGGACGAACAGUACCAGAAUUAGAUAUUGGUGAUACGAAACCUUUUGAAAAAACUCUCUUUUCCAUGUGUACUCCUGAUGUUAUUUCACAUAUGAAAACAUUAGUAACAGAUUUCAAUACUAUCAUCAUCUGUGGUAUCGAAGCACACGCAUGUGUUCUACAAACAGUCAUUGAUCUCCUUUCGAAAGGCUACCGUGUUUAUGUCGUCGUUGAUGCUGUUUCAUCUCGCUCGUUAACCGACAGAAUGUAUGCAUUUGAUCAUAUACGGCAAGCUGGUGCGUUUCUAACAACAUUCGAAUCCAUCGUUCUUCAACUGACGCGAGAUGCCAAUCAUCCGAAUUUCAAGCAGAUUCAACAAUUAAUCAAAACAUCUGCAGCUGAUACAGGACUUGUAGCUCUCCAAAACAUUCCCAAUGCGUCUUUAUAG